UCUGUAUACUUCAAUUCAGUUCUUGACAAAUGCUAGAUUGCAUGGCAUCAAACAUCUCAGAUGGAUCAUGUUAAUUGAUAACUGGAACGUGUUGAACUGAAUUUAAGAAGAUUUCGUUAUCAGGAGUUUCAUAAUCUAGCCCUAUCAGUUGACGCCGCUCUGAUACAUGUAUGUAUGUAUCAGAAUGUUUUAGAGAAUCGUAAUAAUAGCUUUUCUCGAUAUUGACGAACGAUAAUAGUGUAGUGCAACUUUGUGAACAAGGAACAGGAAGAUGGGAGAGGCAACAUACGAAUUCACAGCCGAAGAAUGCGGCAGUAAGAAGAAGGAAGAGGACGCCCUCGACUAUGUCAGGAUGGGCAUGGGCGAGUUCGGAUGCGUGUUCGUGAUUGUGUUCAUAUCCUGCAUGGGCUGCAUCGUCGGCCUGUCCGAAGAGGCUGCGUCCCAUCUGCAGAAGUGCAUCGCAGGGGGUCUCUCCGUGAUGACGGCCAUGCAAAUUUUUGGUCAUAUUUCUGGUGCUCAUGCGAAUCCUGCAGUGACCGUCAGCGCUUAUCUAAUGAAUGUGAUAGACGGAAGGAAGGCUGUCAUCUACAUAGCCUGCCAAGUUUUGGGCGGAAUCACAGGUUAUGCUGUUCUGUUGUUUCUCACGCCCAAAGACCUCACCAUGUCUGGAUCACAUUGUGUCACAUCGCCCAAUCCGAAGAUUACAGUUACACAGGCUUUCUUGGUGGAAGUUGUGAUAACUUUCAUUCUGGUUGUUGCCAUUACCUGCUGUUGGGACCAAAGAUGCAAACAUAACCUUGAUUCUUUCUCAGUAAGAAUUGGCUUUGUCGUUACAGCUUGUGCUUUAGCUGCGGGACCUUACACUGGAGCAAGCAUGAAUCCAGCAAGAAGUAUAGGACCAGCUCUUUGGCAUAAAAACUAUGAUUAUCUAUAUAUUUAUAUUUUUGCGCCACUGAUGGGAGGAGCUAUAUCUGGAUUAUUCUAUAAGUAUAUACUACUGAAGCCACAAUACUGAAACAAUAGUGUAUCUCGAAAAUAUUAUUUUGUAAAUAAAACGAUUGAAAAACCU